AUGGACAUUGGGUUCACCUCCAACCAUUGUGUUAUUCGUCACUUAUUUUUCAGCAUGGUAGAGCAUAGCGUACAAGGCGUUUUUAUUUGGCGGUUAUCGUGUUUCAGUGUCCGCAUUUUCGUUUUCACACAAAUUGCACCGCCUGAGAUGGAAGAAGGCCACAGUAGAUCUUGUCGCUUUCCGGUCUGUAUGGUUUCUUAG